GCCACUUGCGGCCAUUCAUUCAAACCCUAUCGGCCAGAGUUAACUCACGCAUUGUUCGCCAGCAUGGAUUUCUACUACAGCAUUAUUUCCCCGCCCUGCCAAAGCGUCUUGUUGGUCGCUCGCAAACUGGGAAUAACCUUGAAUCUGAAGAAAACGAACGUGCACGAUCCGGCUGAAAAGGAUGCUUUGACGAAGCUCAAUCCUCAACAUACGAUCCCGACCCUUGUGGAUAAUGGACACGUCGUGUGGGAGUCGUACGCGAUCGUGCUGUAUCUCGUGGAAAAGUACGGCAAGGAUGACAAGCUCUACCCGAAAGAUCCGAAGGUGCGAUCCGUCAUCAACCAGCGUCUGUUCUUCGACAUUGGUACGCUGUACAAGAACAUCAUUGCAGUCGUUGGACCUAUAAUGAGGAAGGAGCAACCCUCCGAUGAACUGAAAGAGAAGCUGAAGCAAGCGAUCGAUCUGAUGGAAUUGUUUGUAUCCAAACGCUCAUACGCCGCUGCCGAUCACCUCACGGUGGCCGAUCUUUGCCUAGUGGGUUCGGUAAACGCACUGAGCUGGAUGAAGUUCGAUCUGGAAGGGUAUCCUGGCAUCAAAGCCUGGAUGGCCAGAGUGGCAGCCGAAGUUCCACACUAUGCCGAGGUCCGGAAGGAGGCUGAUGAAGCUACCAAAGAGUAUAUGGCCACCCGUAAGUGAGUCCUACCGGAUAGUGGUAAUCAUAUUAUCGUUUUUAAACAUCGCUUACAAUGCUUAAUGAAGAACGGAAGCCCUAGCGAAUAGCUGGUGCAUGUACGGACGCACGCGUGUAGCCUUGGUCGUUAAUAGAGGUCACUAUUUUUAUUCAUCGAUCGAUAAAUGAACGUUCAGAAAAUUGUGUCGA